AUGGACAACCCAUUCGAAAACGCGGAUCAUUUUAAGGCUAAGGUCACUCAUUUUGAAAAAUACGUCGUAAUUUGCGAAAACACGUUGAUGGCCAAGGCUAAAUCAUUUCUUGCGGAUGAUAGUAUAGAUAACGUGAAAAGUAGUGGUAGGUCCGUUGCGGGUUCGGUAGCCACGCAAAAUACAAAUAUUUCGCAAAAUUUGGUUCAGGAUUUUAAACGAGUUAAACUUCCAACCAUCGAGAUUCGCACUUUCACAGGUGAAUACGGUAAGUGGUUAGAGUUCCGUGAUACCUAUGUAUCGCUAAUUCACGAAAAUGAUGCCUUAUCGGACAUACAAAAAUUUCAUUAUUUAAGAUCAUUUUUGGCGCCUAAAGUGUUGGAAGUUAUCGCGAGUUUAGGGUUUACAGGGACAAAUUAUGAGGCUGCGUGGAACUUAAUUUACGCUCGUUAUAAUAAUAACAAAAUUUUGAUUCAAAAUCAUCUUCGCGGUUUAUUCACGUUAGACAAGAUUCAGGAAGAAUCUCCUUCGGUGCUAAGAGACUUAGCAGAUAAUGUGGAUAAGCAUAUAAGAUCUUUAAAUGCUCUUGGGGAAGACACCACUAAUUGGACAAUCUUGUUAAUUUAUCCUGUUUCAUCUAAAUUAGAUUCCAUGUCACUUCAAAAAGUGGAAAAGUGCCAAAGUAAUGUUUGGCGGCUGGAUUGGAGAAAAUGCAUCGUAUGGUGGAUCGAUCCCACAAGCGGUGCUCGCUCGUUACGAAUCCUGUGGCGUGACAGUCCAGACGAAGAUAUCGAGGUGUACGAGCUGAACACUGUUACAUAUGGGACUUCAUCGGCGGCUUUUCUCGCCAUUAGGUGCUUGUACCGAUUGGGAGUCGAAGUUGAAGAAGUUUCUCUCCAUACCCUGAGUUUAGCUAACGAACUUUGUAAAGUUCUAAAAGGUGGUGGUUUUCUUCUUCGCAAGUGGGUGUCAAACGAACCCUCUAUACUCAAGGAAAUCGAAUCUGCAGAUAACAAUGGAGUAGUUGAUAUUGGUUGCAUGGAGAACAACAAAACAUUAGGUAUGCGUUGGAACGGCGAAGGAGAUCAUUUUUUCUUUUCGAUUGGAAAUCAGUCAAGUUCCAAGGUCACCAAAAGAAUCGUAUUGUCAGAAAUCUCUCAAAUUUUCGACCCUCUUGGUCUCCUUAGUUGUUGCGUAAUCUUGGUAAAGAUUUUUCUUCGUGAUCUUUGGUUGGAAAAGUUAGAUUGGGACGAUGCCCUUUCCCAGCAAUUAUAUACAAGAUACUUACAGAUUCGUAAUGAUUUAAGAUUUUUGAACAAUUUGAAAAUUGAUAGGAAAGUCAUUUGUAAGAAUGCAAAGCUUGUAGAGCUGCAUGUAUUUUCGGACGCGUCGUCUUAUGCUUUGGGAAGCUGUGUUUAUAUUCGAACGAUCGAUAAUCAUGGUAAUAUUUUUGUCAAGCUUUUGUGCGCUAAAUCAAAGGUUGCUCCCUUAAAAAUACAGACAGUCCCGCGUCUCGAGCUUAUGGCAGCUGUGUUAGCUGCACGUCUCUGUGAAAAGGUUCGGCAAUCCAUGGAAAUUGAGUUUAAUAGCAUCACAUUUUGGACCGACUCGACGAUAGUUUUGGGCUGGAUAAACACCUCUCCGCAUUUGUUGCAAGUUUUCGUCGCCAAUAGAGUUAAUUCGAUCCAAGAGCUCACAAAUAUUGAAAAUUGGAGGCAUGUGCGAACCCAGGACAAUCCAGCUGAUUGUGUGUCACGUGGCAUGAAGCCUCAGGAGUUGUUAGAGUUCGAAAUGUAUUGGUCAGGACCAGAUUGGCUUCGAGAAUCCAUAGAAAGCUGGCCUGAGCCUCUUGUAGUGUCCAGAUCUAACGAGUUGCCUGAAUUAAAAAGGGUCGUUGUUGCAAAUACAUCUACGUUAGACUCUGAGUUUAUAGAUUUGUCUAGGUUUUCCAAUUUAACUCGAUUGGAACGAGUGAUUGCCUACUGUAUUCGUUUUAUAAAUAAUUGUCGUAGAAAAGAGGAUGAAAGGUUAUCGAGUUCUUUAAGUUGUGAUGAAAUAAGUCAUGCGUCCUUAGUAUUAGCUAGGUUGUCACAACGUCAAUCAUUUUCCGAAGAUCUUGUAACAUUGUCCAAGCAAGGGCAAGUUAGUAAUAAAAGUAAAUUAAUAAAGCUUCAUCCAUUUUUAGAUGAAAACGGUUUAAUUCGUGUCGGCGGACGUUUAAACAACUCAGAUUACGUAUAUGAGAAAAAACAUCCUAUUGUGUUGUGUUCAAAACAUGUUUUUACUAGGCUUUUAUUCGCUCGUGAACACAAACGGCUACUGCAUGCUGGCCCACAGCUCUUAUUAGCUGUUAUUCGGGAAAAUUAUUGGCCCAUAGCAGGACGUAGUUUAGCUCGUAAAGUUUUCCAUCAAUGCGUAAUUUGUUUUCGAAAUUGUCCCAAAGAAAUUAGCCCGGUGAUGGGUGAUUUACCAAAGCGGCGGGUCACACCAUCUCCUCCAUUUUACGUAACUGGCGUAGACUACGCUGGUCCCUUCCUAAUCAAGGAUAGACAGGGACGCGGCUGUCGCACUUCAAAGGCUUAUAUUGCGGUGUUUGUAUGCUUUGCCACAAGGGCUCUGCAUUUAGAGUUGGUAAGCGCUUUAACCACAGAAGCCUUUCUAGCUACUUUGAAACGCUUUGUAGGUCGGCGGGGAAAACCUGCACAAAUGUACUCAGACAACGGUACAAAUUUCCAAGGAGCUUAUAAUGAGUUAUCUAAAUUAGCGAAUUUUUUACAGAAUAAUGCAAAUUCAAUUGUCGAAGCUAUCGAGAAUAAAGGCAUCUCAUGGUCAUUCAUUCCGGCUAGUUCUCCACACUUUGGUGUCAGGGAAUCAUGCGAACGGUCAAAUAUCAUUUGA